CUUUUAUGAAAAAUUUUAGGGUUUAUUGUUCCACCGCAGGCUUUAUAUCCUUCAUUGUGACAUAUUUAGAGAGACUUUGAUUCCCUGAAGCAUCUUGAAAGGUAUCUUUAAGAGGAAAUGGACUGCUCCAUGUUUUCACCUCUUUUCUUUUUCUUAUUUGAGAUGCAUAUUUGAGAAGAUUACUCACCUCUUGCUUCAGGGAUAUAUUAUUCUUAUUUUCUUCUAUUUCAUCUCUCCUCUGGAUUACAGUUCUUUUCUUAUGAAAAGAACUGAGUUCAUGACUUCUUAGCUUCAAAUUGGAUGAUUUUUGACUUCUCUUCUCCCUCUUUUGAAAAGGCACUAGUAAUCUAUCACUCAUUCAAGAUUUCUUUCUUUCCUUUUUACUACUAAGCGAUUUCUCACACAUAUUAAUAAAGAUCUUCUCAGAGUUUCUGACUGAUCAAGAGGAGACCUCCUCACUCAGCAAGUCCUCUGACAAGUUCUCUUCAAACUGGAUUUGUUGCAGGGUGUU